AUGGUUUUCUCAAUAGAUUUUUUCAUCCGGUAUGGUGUGAGUCAACCGGAAUUUUUGUGGACUAGUGUUUAUACUUUAGCAAUAUGCUUUUUUUGGUUUCUAGGUUAUUUGAGUAUAAAAAGUAGAAGUGGUUGGAAAACAUCCCAAGUUGAUUGGAAUGAGGAAGUUGUAGUUAUAACUGGAGGUUCGAAAGGCCUUGGAAGUUUACUAGCUGAAACUCUUGCAAUUAGAAAUGUUACUGUUGUUAUAUUAGAUAUUAGGCCUCCAGAAAUUGAAAAUGUUAAUGUAAUGUAUUAUGAAUGUGAUGUGUCAAAACUUGAAGAGGUUCAAAGAGUUGCUAAGGAAAUCAUUGAUGAGGUAACGAUAGCAUCUGCUCUUGGGUUUAUUGGAAUACCUCAGUUAGCUGACUAUUGUGCAAGCAAAUCUGCAUUGAUCGGUUUUCAUGACACACUACGUCGUGAAUUGGACGGCCGAAAUUAUAUUCCAACUAGAUAUAAUGCGAAAAAUAUUCGAACAACAUUAGUCUGUCCUGGAGAAAUCAAAACUGGAAUGUUUGAUGGAGUAACUGUUAGAUUCCCUUUUUUAACACCUUCGAUGGCUGCUCUCGAAGUAGUUAAACCUAUAAUCACUGCUCUGGAUAAAAAUGAAGAACAUUAUAUCUUGAUUCCAUUUUAUGUUAAUAUUUUAGCAUUGUUAAGAUUCUUACCAUUGUUUUUAAACGAUGGUGAACGUUCAAUGUUAGCAUGGAAAGGUAAGUAUAAGAAUAAAGAUCAAUAG